GCACCCAGCGUAUCAAUCGUUUUGCAGCUUUUUGCUGCUACGGUUGUUCCUCUUAAAGGCGUCGGCUUUCAGCCCGCCUCACAACUACCACCACAAAAAUGCAGGUCCUGAACGCAAAGAUGACGCCGCGCCAGGCGGGCCGGUCUAUUAGGACAAGUGGCAUGGCUCGGCUGGACGCUGUGGUGCCUGCUGCGAGCUGGUCCGGGGCGUCGACGGCGGGAGCCUCCCUCGCUUCUCGCGCAACCCCGAUCCCGCGCAUGGCUCCGGGAAUUGCACCCUCCCGCCCCCAGCCCAACAUCGUCUGCCGCACUGCCACUGUGGACGCACCCCCAGCCGCCGGCACUUCGGGCGGCUCUUCCGUUCGCGAGGACAUUCGCAACAUUGCCAUCAUUGCCCACGUCGAUCACGGCAAGACCACCCUGGUAGAUGCCAUGUUGAAGCAGUCCAAGGUCUUCCGUGACAACCAGAACACGGCGGAACGCAUCAUGGAUUCGAACGACCUGGAGCGCGAGCGCGGUAUCACCAUUCUGGCCAAGAACACAGCCGUGCGGUACCGCGGCAUCAAGGUGAACAUUAUUGACACUCCCGGUCACGCGGACUUCGGUGGCGAGGUGGAGCGUGUCAUUAAUAUGUGCGACGGUGUCCUGCUGCUGGUGGACAGCGUGGAGGGCCCUAUGCCUCAGACCCGGUUUGUGUUGCGCAAGGCCCUGGAGCUGAACAAGCGCGUCGUGGUGGUGGUCAACAAGAUUGACCGCCCGGCAGCCAGGCCCGAGUGGGUAAUCGACUCUACUUUUGAGCUGUUCAUGGAUUUGGGCGCCAGCGACGAGCUGUGCGAGUUCCCCGUCGUAUAUGCCUCGGGUGUCAACGGCAUUGCUGGUAUGACGCCGGACGGACUUGCAGCAGACCUGGAGCCGCUCUUUGAGACCAUCGUCAAGGAGAUUCGUCCCCCCACUGUGGCCCCCGAAGCUCCUCUUCAGAUGCUGUGUGCCAACAUUGACUAUGACGAGCACAAGGGCCGUAUCGCUAUUGGCCGGGUGACGUCGGGUACCAUUCGCCGUGGACAGACUAUUUCGAUCUGCAGCUCCCUGGAGCCGGGCAAGGUCCGCACCGCCAAGAUCGCCGAGCUGUUUGUGUACGACAACUUCUCCCGCGUGCCCGUUGAGGAGGUGACGGCUGGUGACAUUUGUGCGUUGUCGGGUAUUGCGGAUAUCAAGAUUGGCGAGACGAUUACGCAACGUGAGAACCCCGUGCCGCUGCCGACCAUCAAGGUCGAGGACCCCACAGUGUCCAUGACUUUCAAGGUGAACACGUCUCCGUUCGCCGGCAAGGAAGGCAAGUACGUCACCUCGCGUAACUUGAAAGACCGUCUGGACCGGGAGCUGGAGCGCAACCUGGCGCUGAGGGUCGAUCCUGGUGAGACUUCGGAUUCGUUCGUGGUUUCGGGGCGCGGUACUCUGCACCUGGGUAUCUUGAUCGAGAACAUGCGCCGCGAGGGCUACGAGUUCGAGAUUGGCCCGCCUAAGGUCAUUACCCGCGAGGUCAACGGCAAGAACUGCGAGCCGUACGAGGAGGCCAUUGUUGACGUUCCCGAGAACUACGUGGGUGCUGUGGUGGAGCUGUUCGCCCAGCGCAAGGGCGAGAUGGUGGACCUCAUUCCGUCCAUUCAGGGCGCCUCGCGUGUCAAGUUCCGGAUCGCCACUCGCGGUUUGUUGGGUCUCAAGAACGCGCUGCUGACCGCCACGCGCGGCCUUGGGGUCAUGAACACCCUCUUCCUUGAGUAUGCCCCCGUUGCCGGUGAAAUUCUUAUGCGCGAGAACGGCUCUCUGGUGGCGCACGAAACCGGGCAGGUGACGUCGUACGCGUUGGAGAGCGCGCAGGAGCGCGGACAGUUGUUUGUGCGGCCAGGCGACCAAGUGUACGAGGGCCAGUGUGUGGGUGUUCACGCCAAGGCUGGCGACCUAAAGGUUAACGUGUGCAAGACCAAGCAGCUCACAAACAUGCGGGCUGCAUGUCGUACUGGUAAGGCCGAUUUGUAUGCCGUACAGGUUGGCCUGGACGAGCCGCGGACCAUGGGCCUGGACGACGCGCUCGAGUACAUCAAUGAUGACGAGCAGGUCGAGGUUACCCCUAAGAGCGUUCGCAUCCGUAAGGACCCCUCAGCCGCCAACAAGGGCCGCAAGGGCAAGUAAAAAGACAACAGCGACAAACACGGCAACAGAGUACUUGUUCGCCUACUAAAUCAUCAUCAUCGCCAUCAUUAUCCCAAGGUGCUUCGCUUUCCUUCGAGGAUUUGUCUUCAAUCGCUUGGAGGUCAUCGACCAAGCCAAGAAGGCGAACCAAGCUACCCAAUCCUGCUCGCUGCGCGUUGCGCGUGAUGAGGAUGACCGAGACUCGCCCAACGGCGACUAACGGUCCCAAGAGGGUAGUCUGAAGGCCUGAAGGACUAUUUGUGGGGUUCAGGCUGCCGGACGGGGAGUGUUGACUUGGCAUAUAAGGCGUGGCGGCGAGAGUGUACGUGUUUGCUUCUUGCGCGACUCUGGAAGGGAUAGCGUGUGCUGCUUUGUUGUGAAACGAGGAAGCGACUGGAAGCGGUUCCAUGUUUUUGUCUAAGUAUUGAUCUGCUGUGGCCUUGUUCGUUGGGCCUUACGCCUUUGGAGAGGCAGGUCUGCAGGGUCACAUUACCAGCCUUGACUUAUGUUAUUUGCUACUCCUGGUUCUGGUGAAUUUGGUUUGCGUUAAUUUCUAACUACAUGCUCAGUUAUGGUUCCGUGUGAUAGUGCUAACGGUAUUCUCGCUCGACCUUCUGCUGCAUACGCUUGUUGUUGCUGUGCGUUAACGGUCUCAUCAAGGGGUGACGACGGGUAAUUGUUUUUUGUGGCAGUGAGAGGAGAGGAAUCGUGGUGUUGAUGGUAUUGAUCCAUGUGUCGGUGUCGCUUUUGAUUUGCGAUACGGCUGUCCUGCCUGUUCCUCUCUGCACCUGAGCGGAGGAGCGUGAGCGGGGAGAGGGGAGGCGAGAGGGAUCCGCGUGUUUGUCUCGGCGAGUGCGUAAGAAGUCAAGGCUCCUUGAGCAGUGAGCGACGCUUUUUGACUCGACACAAGCUUUCCUUUUGAAGGAACGGAAGACAUUGAAGAGAGGGAGGGAAGGAGGAGAGGAGGUUUUCGUGCUUGCCGUACCGCAGAGUCUGUCGCCGCUCGCGGUAACGGUUGUGAGUGUGUUAGAGAGAUAGAGAUCAUGCACGAUAGCACGAGCUGAUAGAUUUUUUUGUCACUGCUGCCUGUUUGCAGUAUUGGCUGGGCAGCGUAAGGCUAGAGCCCACCGUUCCUACCUACUUAGGGAUUUAGGGUUCGUCGUUGCGCUGGGUGCUGCCCAGUGGGUUUACGUGUUGUGUCUGUUACACACACUUUCCCGACACCCUCUUGUCUCACCUGGUUGAGUAAGCCCAGCCUCGUAAGGCCAUGGGCCGAUAACUGUAAGAAGAAAAUGU